AUGGAUACUGUGAUAGACACCAGUGGAUGUGCUAAGGAAGAUAUAAUGAAGUUUGUGUCUCAAUCUUUCAAGGGCGAUGCCCUCACUUGGUGGAAAGCAUUAGUGCAAGCCAUUGGAAAGGUUCCUUUGUAUAACCUUUCAUGGAACAAGUUUGUUGAUUUGGUGAAGGAUACUUAUUGUCCUCAACAUGAAGUCGAGAGGAUAGAAACUGACUUCCUCACUUUGGUAAUGAAGGAUCUGGAUUGUAGAUCCUAUGUGACUAGCUUCAACUCGAUGUCGAGGCUUGUACCAUACUUAGUCACCCCUGAACCCAAUCGCAUUGCGCGUUUUAUCGGUGGUUUGGCCCCUGAAGUGAAAGGGAAUGUUAAGGCUUCUAAGCCAGCCACUUAUAGAUCUGCUGUGGAUCUAUCUUUGUCCCUCACUCUUGAUGUUGUGAGGAGUAGGGCAAAGAAAGCUACCGAUGAUGGGAAAAGGAAGAGAGAGGAAGACAAGUCUCCUCAGUCAAACAAGAAGAGUAAAGGGAACUUUGGUUCCAAGAAGGGGCAGCCAAGUGACAAACCUAGUUGCAAUGAAAAGGGGCACGUCAAAACAAAUUGCCCCAAGAAUGAUAAGAAGCCCGAGGAGGCAAAGAAAAACAAUGCGAGAGUUUUUCAGAUGAACGCAAGGGAAGCGGUGAACGACGAGAACGUCAUAACAGGUGCUGAUAAGUCUUUUGUUGACCAUAAGUUUUGUAAGUCACUAAAUUUGUCUAUUAAGACUCUAGACAUAAAAUAUGAGGUAAAGCUUGUCGAUGGGUAUGAUAUAGUUUUGGGCAUGGAUUGGUUGUCGCAUAACCAAGCCCAAAUUGCCUGUGACAAAAAGCUAGUUAUUAUCAAAACCCCUUCUGGUAAAUCUGCCACUAUUCAAGGAGAUACACAAUAUGGGUUGCCCAGCAAUGUGUCUAUUCUCAAGGUAUCGCAGUGUUUGAAGAGCGGAUGUGUCAUUUACAUGGCGCAAGUGACUGUGAAUGAUCCGAAGCCUAAGAUUGAAGACAUUCCGAUCAUCUCUGAGUAUCCUGAUGUCUUUCCUAACGACCAAGUUGAUCACGAGAAGCACCUUCGGUGUAUCUUAGGAUUGCUUCGACAGGAGAAAUUGUAUGCUAAAUUCUCCAAAUGCGAGUUCUGGCUCCGUGAAGUCCAAUUUCAUGGACAUGUUGUUAGUGAGCGUGGUAUCCAAGUUGAUCCCGCCAAGAUAGAAGCCAUAUGA